AUGAACGGCGCCCCAAGGGAUGGCCAGGGCCCAAGCCACCGAGAAUGCCUCCUGCCCUCCGUGGCACGCACCCUUUCUGCCACCCAGGUCACACCUGCCAAGAAGAUAACCUUUCUCAAGCGAGGGGACCCUCGGUUUGCAGGGGUGCGCCUGGCAGUGCACCAGCGCACCUUCAAGACCUUCAACGCCCUGAUGGAUGAGCUCUCUCAGCGGGUGCCUCUUGCCUUUGGAGUGCGCUCAGUCACCACGCCCCGCGGGCUGCACGGCCUCAAUGCUCUGGAGCAGCUGCAGGAUGGGGGCUGCUACCUCUGCUCGGAUAAGCAGCCCCCCAAGACUCCCAGCCGGCUGCAGGGCAGAAGCUCCUCUGCCCUUCAGUCGUGGGAUCCUGAAGGCCAGGUCGAGGUGCCGGGAACCACACCUUCCGGGAAGGUCCCCAGAGCCCCAAGGAGGAUGACGCUGCUUAGAAACGGGGACCCGCGAUUCCGGCAGACAGUAGUUCUCAGUCACAGAAAUACCAGAAAUCUGGCGGCCUUUCUCAGCAAAGCCUCGGAUCUCCUUCACUUUCCCGUGAAGCAGGUGUAUACCUUGAGUGGAAAAAAGGUGGACUCUCUGCAGAGCCUGCUGCGCUGCCCCUCCGUGUUGGUGUGUGCUGGAGACGAGGCCUUCAGACCUCCGCUGAUGGAAGAUGCUGCAAGAAAUGGGUCAGAAAUACUACCUAGGCUUUCUUCAAGGGGCAAAAACGGGAGCUGGGGGCCAGAAUCCAAGCAGAGUGUGAUCCACACAAGGACGGGGUCGGGCAAUGGCCAGGCACAACGACUUUCCCUGCUGUCAGAGAGCCGGCCCCACGUUUCUCUUCAUCAUGCCCAGAGAGGCCCUGCUCCCAUCAGGCACCCUCAGGACCCAGCUGCUGCACCUGGCCCCUUGGUGGCUGGUGACGACGUGGAGAAGAAGGUCCACCUGAAUGAGGAUGGCAGCCUGUCUGUGGAGAUGAGGGUUCGCUUCCAGCUGCUUGGAGACAAGGCACUCCUGUGGUCUCAGAGGGUGGGGCGAGCUGCCAGCAGGGAGGACUACAGCAGUCUAGGGGAGGCAGAACCCUUCAGCUGCACUUGGCAGGGUGCCCCUUGGGGCUCCUCGGCAUCUGGGACAAGGGCAUCCAGAGCUCUAGAAGCAGGAUUUCACGGCGCCCUGGGCCACAGCCAGCAGCCAGAGCCCAGUUACGAGAUCUGGAGGAACCCCUUAUACACCUGCCAGGGGGAGGGACCAGCUGCAGAGGGGAGGCCUGGGGUGGCCCAGCACACCCGCUGCAGGCGCCGCUGGAGCCAAGGGACUGCUGGGAGGCAAAGAAGCCUCCAGGACAGCGCCAACCCAGCCUCCAGUGCUGGUUGCCCAGAAAACUCUGAGCUAGAAUUCCAAAGCAGCUCUAGGACCAUAGAGGGGGACAUGAACACUGGCAGCCUGCAGCUGGCCUCUUCUGCCCUGAGUAGAGGAGCCGAUGACGGUCUCAAAGAGAGACCCAGCCCCUACCCUGAAGGAGGGCGGCCCUGUGCUAAGAAGCCCCUGAGGAACCUCAGCCAUACCAAUAAUGGUGACCAAAGCGCUGAUGGCUGGGAGGCAGACAAGGGCCAGCAGGCAGAGGAAAAACACAAGGAGGGGCCCCUACAGCUCUCAGGCCCUGAGUCAGCAGCAGUAGGGACAAUGGUCAGGAGUAACCUGAACCCCGGGACUGGGCCCAGGGGGAUGCUGGAGGCGAAGGCUGCCAGAAUAGGGCCAGGCCUCAAGGAGCUGGAGGAUGACGGCAGCAUGACACCCAGUGCCCUGCCCCAUGCCUCACCAGAUGCUGUGGUCCGCGAGUGGCUGGGCAACAUCCCAGAGGAGCCUGUGCUCAUGAAAUACGAGAUGGACGAGACCAGCGGUAUGGCCAGGGAGGGCCCUGAGGGCCCCCAGGAGUCCCCAGCUGAUGAUCAGGGUCAAGGUGGACAGCAGCAGCUGCUGGAAGUAAACAUCAGUGAACAUGUAGCACCUAAAGUGGAGGCAAAGGAAGUCCUCCCGGGCCCCAGUGACAUAGGCACUGAAUCAAGACAGGCUUCUCCCCAGGGCCAAGGUGCAGCCCCAGCUCCAGCAUCCGACUCCCCUGUGGAGGUCAGAGCUCCGGCAGGAGCUUCUGGGGCCCUGGGCAGGGCACCAUGUGUUCUCCCAGGCAGGGUCUCUGCCUCUACCCAGAUCAUGAAAGUGCUGAUGGGCACCAAGCCAGGCAGGCCCAGCAGCCUCCCUGAACUGUCUGAUGUGGUAGCCAAGAGGCUCAGCCACUCUGCUGUGGCCCUCAUUGCCUGUCUUGCCAGGCUCCACUUCUUUGACAAAGAUCUGGGGUCCCCUGUCGACAAGGUGAGCUUCGCUGACUCCCCCCAGUACCAGGAGCUGCUGAGCAUCUCACAGACCCUGUGGCCAAGGUGCAGCUCUGGGCAGGAUCUGCUGGACCCUGAGCUCCAAGAGCUCCCUCCGCAUAAGCCCUUGCCCAUGACUGAGGACCUCACACCCACGUCCUCAUCUGGAGUGGAUGUCAGCAGUGGCUCUGGAGGGUCAGGAGAGGGCAGCGUGCCCUGUGCCAUGGACAGCACUGGGGUUUCUGAGAGGACAGAGGCGCUCCCGAAAAGCUCUUCCCCCAGGCCUGGUUCCAGAGCAUUGGGGCAUGCUAAAAAUGUGGAAGAGCCACAGCCAGGGUGUUCCACAGCCUCUACUAGCUCCCAAACUGGAGCUUAUGCCACCAGCAAGCAGGCAGCAGAGGAAGGCAGUAGGGACCAGCUGGUGGGCAACAUGUUGGAACAGGAAAUUGAAAACGUAGUGCAAGAAGAUGGGGUGCAGUUAGAGGAAACAAAAGAAGCAGAAAAUGAAGAGCCAUAUGCCGGCAUCCAGGAGAAAGGACUUCCCGUGGGGACAUGCCUCAGCAGGCUGGGGUCCUCAGAGGCUGGCUCUGCAGGUAGUGAAGGCAGCCAGGAUGACCAGAGAAAGCACAAGGAGGAAGCAAGGCGAUGCCCCUCGGAUAGGAGCAAGAAUCCUUCAGAACCCCCUCAACCUCUCAGUGAGGGCCCCUCAAAAACCAGUGACAGCCAAAGGGGCCCCAAGUCAGAUCCUGGCUUGGAAGAGCCACCUACAGCAGCAGCAGCAGUGGGUGUGAGCCAUAAGCAAGCCCAGGUCAGGCCGUGGCUGCAGCUGCAUGGAAGAGAGGCAAACAGGUGCACAGCUUGCAGGGCAUGCCUGGACCCUGACCCCACCUGGGUGUCCAAGUUGCUGAAGAAGAUGCAGAUGUCCUUCCUGACCCACUUGGCUGAUGCCACAGCCCAGCUGCGGGCUCGCUGGAACCUGCAGGAUGAUGGGCUCCUGGACCAGAUGGUGGUUGAGCUGGAGCAGGACCUGGGCCAGCGGCUCCAGGCCAGCACUGACAAAGAGCUCCGGAAGAUCCAGAGCCGGGCCGGGAGGAGAGCUCAGGGGUCAGGGCCGGCCCGGGAAGUCCUCUGGGGCCAGACGUCCUUGCAGACAGAGCAGCGCCGCCGCCGCCUCCAUGGCCUGCGCAACCUCUCAGCCCUCACAGAUCAGACCUGUGGCAGGGGCCUUUUCUCCCUCAGCCUGGAGGAUGCCUGUUCAGCACCCGGAGAGGAGUUCUGCCCCUGUGAAGUGUGUUUGCGGAAAAAAGUGACCCCCAUGGCUUCCCCCAGGGAGACUGGAGCACCCAUCAAAAAGGCGUUUGACCUGCAGCAGAUUCUGCAGAAGAAGAAAGAAGGGUGCCCCAAAGAGGAAGCAGAGGCAGUGGCCACUAAGAGGAAAGUAGUGACCCCAAAACAGGAGGACCCUGGUGUGGCCAUGGACAUGUCCAACAGUGGCCAGGGAGCCAGUGGAGGACAGGAGCUGAGAUCAGACAUAGAGCUUGGGGCCAAGGAGAGUGAUGGAGAUGAGGGUAGCCAGGGGUUCAGCAGGGACAAGGAGCCUCCAGCUGGAGAUGCAGAGGGAGCUGGUGACCAGGAGAGUGGGGACAGUGAUGCCAGGGGCCAAGAGGAGGAGCUGGGUGGUGGGCAAGAGGAGCAAAGACCCAUGCUGGAGGGCUUUGAGGAUGGGAACAGCUUGGAGGCUGCCGCUUUGGAGGAAAAGCAGGGGGCAGGGGAUGCCUGCUAUGAAUCACAAGGUGAAGAGGUUGCCAGGGGCAUCGCCCACACCCAGGUGGCAGACAGGGCAGAUGGCUUUGGCCAGGAUGACUUCGAUUUCUAG